GGCUCCGUAGCUCCCGCGGCGCGAGGCGCUCUCGCUCUCCGCCUCCUCCUCCUCCUCCUCCGCCGUCGCCCCUCCCCCCGCGCAGCCACCGCCGCCACCGCCGCGAGACCCCCGCACGCCGCUCUCCCCCACCCCCUCCAGCCCCGCGCGCCCUCCGGCCCCUACGGCCCCCGAAGCGAACGAGAGGGCGAGCGAGCGCGGCGUUCCCGGGCCGGCCCGGCCCCCUCCCUUCACCAUCGCCGGCCCUCCGCCGCCUUCCUCCGCUUCCACCUCCUCUCCCCCCCCCCAAAGUUGAGGCCCCCCUCCUGGGGGGGGGAGGACCGGGACCGGGACCCGGAGCGAAUUCCCCUAACUCCCUCGACCUCUCCUCUCGCCUGGCCCGAGUGUGAGGAGAAGGGCCCGGCCCGGCCCGCGUCGUGUGUGAGGAGGACCGCGGGCGGGCCCACGGGCCGUGUGGGGCCUGGUCCGGCCCGCCGGGUGUGUGAAGACCGGGGCCCGGUGCGGCCCGGCCCGAGGGCAAGCGGAGGGGAGGGGCCUGGUCCGGCCCGGCCGGUGCGUGAGGACUGGGGCCCGGGCCCGGCGCCGCCGCCGCCGCCGCCGCCGCGAUGGCCCAGCAGCAGAUGACCAGCUCGCAGAAGGCCCUGAUGCUCGAGCUGAAAUCCCUGCAGGAGGAACCGGUGGAGGGCUUCCGGAUCACCCUGGUGGACGAGUCCGACCUCUACAACUGGGAGGUGGCCAUCUUCGGGCCCCCCAACACCCUCUACGAAGGCGGCUACUUCAAGGCGCAUAUUAAAUUUCCUAUUGACUACCCCUAUUCACCACCUACCUUCAGAUUCUUGACCAAAAUGUGGCACCCCAACAUUUAUGAGAAUGGAGAUGUAUGCAUUUCAAUUCUUCAUCCGCCUGUAGAUGACCCACAGAGUGGAGAACUGCCUUCUGAAAGGUGGAAUCCUACUCAGAAUGUGAGGAAACAAGUUUCAGCCACUAAGGCCGAAGCAGAAAAGGAUGGAGUGAAGGUCCCCACAACCCUGGCGGAAUACUGCAUCAAAACUAAAGUGCCUUCCAAUGACAACAGCUCAGAUUUGCUUUACGACGACUUGUAUGAUGACGACAUUGAUGAUGAAGAUGAGGAGGAGGAAGAUGCCGACUGUUAUGAUGAUGAUGAUUCUGGGAAUGAGGAGUCGUGACGUGCUCCUUCAGUGCCCCUGUACUGCCCUGCCGUCUCAGGCCAAAGGGAGGGGAGCAAGUGGGGACCUGGCCAUGGCCCCUCAGCAAAAACCUAUUCACAGCGGGUGGGGAAACACACACAGCUCCUGCUGACUCCCCUUAUGGAUCUCAGUUUGCUCCUUUUUAUGGACCUUUAAUGGAGAGAGAGUAACCCUCCACAGAAUGUCUGAAUUCUUGCAUUCUUUACCCUUCCAUCACUGUAUUGAUUCUUUUUUAAAAAAACAUCAACCCAAACUCCCGCCUCACUUCGUCUCUACAGAAUGUUCACAGCAAAACACGUUUGGUCUGUUUUUAGAUUCUUGAAGAAUUCAAUAGUCUUUCAAGAGGUUGAAUGUGUUUAAAGCUGGGAACCUGUUGGGAGCUCACAAGCGCUGCAUAUACUGGGUAGCAAAAGAAAAUGGAAUUAAACCCACAAAACAAACUUGGAAAAAAAAAAAAAAAAGCAAAUUUGCCAAGGUUUAGCUGCUCAUUUACAUUAGUGUGUGUGCAUUCAUUCAGCCCCAUGGUGGUGAAUUCUGUUUCUUUCCCUUCCUAAGGCUGGGACAUGGUGGGCGUCAGGGACUUUCUGCUAAGCCUGAUGAAAUGUGCUCCUUCAAUCUCCAUGAAACCAUCGUAACAUGGAGGCCUCAGCUGCUCUGAGGAGAGAAAUCAGACUUUGUUUUUUGAAAUCAAUUGGGAUUGAAAGCCUGAAAUAAAUAUUCAUACUUUACAUAGAACUGAGCACUUGGUUGCUAUUUAUUUUAAAGGCAGGGUUAUUUUUCCCCCCAGGGAGUGGGGCAAGUGGGGAAGUUGGGACGAGUGUGUGUGGGUGGAUUUAGUGAUGGGAACAAAGAGUUAAAAGUCACUAUGCUAAGUUUGGUUGAUACUACUGGGGGGAAAAAAUUGAAACUACUGGUGACCACUGUUGGGAGAGGAAACAGCAUGGCCUUCCCAUCAAAAAUACACUCUUACCAUGACGUUUUGGUUUUUUCAAGUAGCCACUUUAAAUUACUCAGUAUUAAUCCUAGGUGCAUGUGUUAAGAUUUCGGUUUUCAUCGAGCUGCUUAUACUGAUAGUGAGAAACUUGGAUGUGUGUGAGACGAGUUACCGCUUUCUUCAUUGGAUGUGAUCUGGACUUUUUUUCCCCUUUCAACAUACUUAGGCUGUGGAGUGCAAGCAGAAUUGUGCAUAGAAAUUGUGGCAGGGCUGAGAGUUGACUGCAGGCAGGUUUUAGGCCAGAUAAGGCUAGAUCUUCCUGCGAUGCACUCGCUGCAGCUUUUGAUUUUCCAGAUCUCAAUCAUGUUGCUUCAAUCAAUAUUGAGAUCCAGCAGCCUUCACCAUCCAGGGACUUCAGAACUUGAAGGUAAUUUUUGGUUGUUAUGGGGGCGCACCAGAUCAUAAGAGGGCAUUAUUUGGAGGAAACAGCUAUAAUGUAAAAUCAGAUUACAGAAGGCAAAUGCAGCAAGGACUGACUAUAGUCCUAUUUCAGACCCCUGGGCACUAGCGUCAGCUCCUCCUUUGGCUCGUAACUCAGAACCAAAGGGCAGAUUAGGGACAGGGGCAGGAGGGAUCCUAGGAUGGCCAGAGUAGGUGACACUUACUUCCUUAGCUCCUCCUUCGUUCUGAUCUCAGGGUUUUCACUCUUCAAACUCCCAAACACAUGACUUCUUCCCAGUAGCCCUUCCCGGCCUCUAAAAGUUUAGUCUGGCAUGAAAUGGGACUGUUUAACAAGCUAAGGCUCUUAGGGGACACCGUUGAGCCUGGUCCCAGCAUCUCUGUGAUCUCCAUGAUCUCCACAGGGCCAGGGUUGCUACUUGCACCCAGAAUCUAGUGAUUUCAGUCAGAUCCAUGGAACAGAGCAGCUUUGAAAUACAUUGUCAAGUUGCCUGAUCACAAACUCUCAUAGAAAGAUGUUGGAACUACCUUUUUACUCCCCAUACUUUUUAAGUAAUGCUUCCAGAUUAACCUGCAAAUCUUCUGGAGCCAGAGCCUCUCACAGUGCUCUGGUUUACCUCCCCCAAAACCCCCAUGCAAGUUUACAGCCAGUAGCUUGGUCUUACUCUCUUGGAGCCCUAAAAUUAAGCCUUUCAUUCCCCUUACUGCGAAAGCUUCUCACUCCCAGGGCAGCCCCGGCACCCUGGCAUUGCGGAAGGUGCUCUGCUGCACAGCUCUGUUCCGUCAGGCCCUAUUGGCCUCUGUUACACAUUGACUCAGGGAGCCAGAGCGCCAAGUGGAGGUUGUACCUUUCAGUCCUUUGGGGUGUUAACUGUCAAGGGCUGGGUUUGCCUCUGAUGAGUACAAUCAGUUCCAGAAGACUGGGUAAGUCUCUUGCUAGCAGGUGGACAUUCUGGUAUUUUAGACUGACUGAACGAAACCCAGAGGCUGGUUCCAGAGCUCUGUCCCUGAGAACACAUCCCUAUGGAAAAUACUUGAGUUUGUAAUUUUUUUUUUUUCUUCUGGGAGUAGAGGUCUCAGGCUCAAUCCGGAACCAUGUAUGUACAGUUGUGCUUAUUAUUUGGUGUGACAUGAACUCAAAAUCUUGCAUUUUUAGAUUCCUUUUAAUUCUAAUUGAGGCCUCACUGGAUGCUCUUCAGUUCUGUGUAUUUUGAGGCUGGGUGGAGAAAGUAUAUGAUUCCGCUGUUGCUUCUUUCAGUCUUCCCCCCUUCUCCUUUUAUCAUUCCAGAGUUCUUUUCUAUUAGUCAGACUUUUUUGUAGAAACCUUCUUUCACUUGCCCUGGCAAACUGCUUCUUUACUUGCUGGUUUCCUUACGUUUGGGGCACAUAUUGUAAGAAACCGAUCGGAAGGGGAAAUGUGCAGCUCUCCACUGAAAAUGAACUCUCCACCCCUCCCAUCCUGAUAAACAAGGUUUACAUUUACAACUAAAAGGAUUCAGAGAUGCAAUUUUCAACUAUUCUGAAACCAGCAGGACACACCUGACUUUAAUAGUUUUAGCUGAAAUUGUAGAUGUUUUUCUUCAGUUUAACUUAUGAGAAAAGAUUAUCUGAUGCAUUUUGUGUUGACUUCCCCUUUAGUGGUUUAUUUUGUCUUUUUCUGCCCAUCUGUCUACUAAUAAAAUGUGAAAUAAAAUACCUGUAUUGCUA